GAAAUAAUUAAUAGCAGAAUUGUGAAGAUAUUUAAAAAAAAAUGUGUAUGGUCAUAGUUAAUAUAGAUAAGUAUUAUAUAGAAUAUUCAGGUAAUUAUUAGCAUUCCUUGUGGGUUUUUUAAACUGUUGUAAUAAUGAUAAUAAUACAAUUUCUUGUCAGGAUUUAUGCUAUAAGAAGUAGUGAUCUGUUGUCUGUUUACUUUUUUUAAUAUGAUCUGUUUGACUGGAGUUACAGCCCUUUAAGUUAAAAAUGAAGCUUUAUGAAAUUUUCAGCAGAAUAAAGAAACCAUCCAUACACCACAUGUACAUGUAUUUCUUUGUAACAUCCUGUUUCCAAGCUUUUAUACCACAACUGACAGCUUGCGGAGGAUUAUGUUGUUUGAGGUUUACGGAAAGCAGUUGUUAUAUUGUGGUUAAUGUUGCAUUUAUGAUCGUUAUGAGUGAAAGGUAAUUAUAUUAAUAACACCAUAAAUAACUCCAUUACCUUGGGUGUGUGCCGUUUUGAAGGAUUGUACAUUUUAUUUCACUUAUGGAACAUUGAAUUGAAGAUGCAUAGGAAUAAUGUUGUCCGGUGACUGUCCAUGUUAUCACUCUUAUCAGUGUGCUCUAUAAUUUUAGCAUUAAUUUUCUUUUUCAAUAUUUACUGAAUUUGGUAACACUGCUGGUGGGCAUUAUAUCUCAAUUUAGUUCACUUAUCUGUCAAAUUGCACUAUUUCUUUGAGUUAAGUCAAAGCCAGAACAAUUCUCACGAAAAUCCAGGUUUUUACGUUGUCAACACUUACGUCUAGCAAGUUAUGCAAGUUCUAGACGAUCAGAUAUUAAAUUUUAUUCAGAACUUUUACCUUUAGAACAACUCAUGGCCAUUCCUAUGUGGAACUAUAUUCUCCAAUUUUUUAAAUUUACUCGUAUAAACCUCUAAAAAUUAAAAAUAAGAAACCAUACUCACUGUUUACAUCCAUAUUCCACUCAUUGGCACUACAACGGAAGACGCGUUGGAGCAUUUUCAACACAUAACAAAAUGUUAUGGCUCCAAUGAUUACUCUGCAUGCAAAUGAAUUUUCCAAACUUGACCAAAAUAAUCUUGUCUGCUUUUUUACGUGAGUAUUUCUUAUCUUUUGUUUACCAAACUUCAUAACAAUGCUUAAAAUUGGGUUAAAACCAAUCUCAAUAUCCAGCCAGAUCGCACUAUAUUAUCUCAGAAGCUAUUAUGGCCCUGUAUACCGUAUUUCCUCGACUAUAAGACGGGAUAAUUGGGUCCCGAUUUUUAACCUGAAAGUAGGGGGCCCCGUCUUAUAAGCGAGUCGAUAAUAUAUUAAAAAAAGAUUCAAGUCAAAAUUAAUAAUAUUUUACAUAGUGUAUUCGACUAACCUGUAUAUUGUCUGCUGAUGCAAGAAUGGGGUGAUUAAGUAAACAACAACACGAAAUCUCUUCACCGCGCGUGCUCUGACGUCAUAGUGUACCGUUUGAUCUGCAUUUUUUCUCAUGGUGCGUGUCUGUUUAUUUAGUUUGACAGAUAUAUAAAAACAGUAAAUUGGAAACUUAAUAUGAUGUAGGUGCCUAACUGCCAAUUUGAUUAUGCAGACAAAUGACAAUGCAAUUAUAAAUCCUAUAUGAUCGUCACCAAUCAAGGGACAAUAUUAUUGUCUAUUAAUUGCUAAACAAACACCUAUUCGUGCGUAAUUGCCACGGCUUUUUGCAGUUUUGUUAUUGAAGCCAUUUAUUUUCAUGGUAUUGAUUACGGUUUAUUGAUCACAACAUAACGGUUAAUCUUUUUAUUGUAAUUGGGUUAAAUUAUUUCAAUUCUGAUAAGUAACGUCCUGUCUUGCAACCUUUAAAAUAAAUGCGUUACCGUGUACUAAUUAUUAAUCUACCUCCAAAAAGAGCUCACAGUUGCCUGCCAUUUUUUUCAAGCAAAACAACAAAUUUACCGCAUAAGUCGAUAAUUGUCUGUUGACCAUGAAAAUUUUCACACAUUUGGAGGAAUUAAAGGAUUUUAGAUUUGCUUAAAAAUUUACCCCGUCUUAUAAACGAGCCGAAACAAAAAGUAUCAGAUUUCAUGGGCAAAGUUAGGGGGGUCGUCUUAUAAGCGGAUCACCUUAUAGUCGAGGAAAUAUGGUAAUAAGUAUAUAAGUAACCAUGUAUGCUCCCCAGCUUGAGCAAAUAAUUUUGUUUAAGAUCACCAAAUGUGUUAACAAUGUUUCUUUGGUAAUAUAACCAUGUUGAUUGGCAUAAAUGUAUCCCUCUAUCAAGUUCCUCCACCUAAUGUGACACUUUUGACUAAUAUCAGAAGGCGACAAGUGUCCUCAGGAUAUAUUUUUAGUUAGGUCUCUUGAGCAUUAUUAGCUCUAAUAGAACGCACCUGUGUCUGUCAGAUGUCAUCAUUGGUCAACAUCAUCUCAACAGCAACAUGAGAAUGAAGGUCAAGGUGGAUGGCAUGAGUGAGAAGAGGUCAAGUAACUCUAGUGUUGACCACUGUGACCCUAGUCACAAUGGAGAGGAUACCAGUGAUCCCAGUCCCCAUGGUGAUGAACUCAGUGAUCCUGGUUGCGAAGUUCAUGAUACCUGUGACCCUUGUUGCCAUGGAGAUGUGAGUGAAUGCAAUCUACACAGAGAAGAAACCAGUGACCCUAGUCUCAAUAGUGAUGGCCUGAGAGACCCUUAUCACACUUGUGAUGAACCCAGUGACCAUUGUUCUCAUGGUGAUGACUAUAGUGACCUCAGUAUCCAUGGUGAUGACCCCAGUGAUCCUACACUCCAUGUAGAUAACCCUUGCAGUGAUGAUGUCAUGGAUGAAGAGAGCGCUGGCAUUCAUGAGGGGUCUGACCGUGACCCUAGGAACUUUAAGUGUGGGGGUGAGGCUGUAGGGCAAAUAGGGGCCAUAAAGGGACAGUAUAUUCAAGAAGAGGAGGGAUCUGAAGAGACAGAACAGGACCUGUCAGAUCUUGGCACAAUUGAGCUCCCCGACUCAGCCAGCAAGCCUGACCCACCACCUCGCACUGACAGUCAUGGUGUAAGCGGUGGGGUAGCACCCCAGGGGAGACUGAUGGUGGACAGCCUGACCCAAGGGGAUGGGGAGGAGUCAUUUUCCUGGGACAAACAGAGAGAUUACCUGCUCACAUGUAUGGGCUUCAUCAAUGGGCUCGGCUGUCUGAUAAAAGCUGGAGUGUACAUUAUGAAGCAUGGUGGAGGUGUGUUCUUCAUCGCCUACCUCUUGUGCAUGUUGGUGAUUGGAUGCCCUCUGGUGUUCCUGGAGACCGCCCUGGGGCAAUAUGUUGUUGGGGGGCCACUAAAUGCCUGGAAGGUCAUACCAUUAUUCUCAGGUAUUGGUCCAUGUAUGGUGACCUUGACCUUUCUGCUGACCUGUUACUACGCCAUGGAGGUCACAUGGGCUGUGUACUAUUUUGGGAUUGCCAUGGCAACAGCCCUUUCAGGAAGCCAACUGCCCUGGCAGUGUGGCAACAUAACAGAUGUACAGUGUUAUUUAGAUUCCUACUCUGCUUUAACCAACUCAUCAAGGGACACAACUCUUGGAACAUUCAACAACACAGAUCCACAUUCCAAAAUAUAUAGAGGGGCCAUACAGUAUUUCUAUGAGGAGGUGCUGGUUGCUGGGGUUGACAUGGAGGAACUGGGACCACCUGUCUGGUAUCUAUGUCUGUGUCUGCUGCUCAUCUGGGCUUGUGUUUAUGCCUGCCUCAUGUAUGGACCAACAUCUAUUGGCAAGGUGAUGCAUGUACUGGCCCCCUUCCCCUACCUGGGUCUACUGGUACUGUUUGUGAUGUCGAUGCUGCAAGAUGGCAGUCUGACUGGGGUACGAUACUUCCUCAGUCCAGACUGGCACAAACUAGGAGCUGUGGAGAUUUGGUAUGAUGCGGGUAAGCUUCUGUUCUACACGUUGAGCCUGGGUACGGGAUGUUUACACACGCUGGCGGGAUACACCCAUUUCCAUAGUCACUGCUACAGGAACUUUCUGUUGAUCUGCAUGUGUAACGUUUUAGCAGUGCUGUUUAGUGGGUUGACAGUCUGCUCAGGUCUCGGCAUUCUAGCUAACAUCACCAACACCUCAGUAGAAAACCUUCCACAUCACACAGAGUAUGAGGUUGGUUAUGCCGUAUACCCCUACAUCUUGACACGGGUGUCAGACUCCACCGCUUUCCUCAUGCUGUAUUUCUCGGUUGUGUGUGUAGUAGGCGUGUCUUCCCUGCUUGUGCUUGUACAAACUCUUAUUGAGGCGGGACUCGAGUGGCGCAGGGGACAAGGUGGGACUGUCACCAGGCAGCGUCGCUGGGCAUUACAACUUGUGCUUUGUAUUUUCUUUAUGGCGGUUGGCAUCCUUCUCACAACCAAGCUGGGUGUGUACAUUAUCCACUACCUGGACGGGUAUGUGACCCUUGUCAUGCCCUAUAUCGUGGUGCUGCUGGAGUGCUGCAUCCUCAUGUACGUGUUUGGGGCCCAGAAGUUCCUUCACAACAUCGAAGAUAUGACGGGACACAAGAACUCACUCUGGUGGAUGACCAACUGGAAAUUUGUUACACCAUGUGUACUUAUGGGCCUGAUCACAUGUGCGGGAAUAUAUGGUGGACCUAGUCACUACGGUCAUGUCCAGUACUCAGGCUGGUCAGAGGUGUUGGGCUGGUGUCUUGCCCUAGCACCUGGGCUUUGGGUGCCUGCACUUGCUGUAUGGGCUCUUAUUUGGGAACAUGGAAGCUUGGUUGAGAGGGUGAAAGUGCUGCUGAAGGUUCCGGAUGGUUGGGGUGCUGGGCUGGCAUUCGGACACGAGCACACACCGGCCCCAGACUAUGUGAUCUGCCAACCGGACAACCACCGCCCCAUACACGGCCUCGCCAUGAUCACAGCCAGUCUCUACAUUCCCCAGAUGGUACAAUUGACUGCUGAGGAGGUGCCCCCAGAGACUGGCUCAGAGAUGACGGGGGGUUUCAUGUCUGACUUGAUGACGAUCACGAGCUCUGACAGUAUUGGGAGCGGGCCGGAGAACGAGGAGCGCGGCAACUGGCGGGGAAAACUGGAGUUCAUCCUAUCCUGUCUCGGCUAUGUUGUGGGGCUUGGUAACAUCUGGAGGUUUCCGUACCUGGUAUACAGGAAUGGGGGUGGUGCAUUUUUCAUCCCCUACUUUGUGAUGGUAACACUAUGUGGAAUUCCUCUCGUGUACAUGGAGAUGGCUUUUGGUCAGUAUGCCAGUCUUGGACCAGUAACCAUCUGGAGGGCUUGUCCUAUCUUUAAAGGAGUUGGGUAUGCAAUGGUGGUGACAGUGGCAAUCAUCUGUGUGUACUACAACAUUGUGAAUGCCUGGGCCCUGCACUAUUUGUUCUCCUCAUUCUCGGCUAGUCUGCCCUGGGCCUCCUGUGACAACCCCUGGAAUACAGAUGCGUGCAGACUUAAUCGCUACGAGGUGACAAACUGUUCACUGGUGAAUGCCACCUACAUCCUCAGUUCGGACACAGAGAAUGACAACUGCUCACAGUAUCUACUAGACUGCAUGCAUGCCACUAACCAAUCAGCAUUCCCUAAAGAAAAUACCACAGUGUGUAUCGAGUGGUUAGAGGACCAGCAUGGUGAGGCCAUCUAUCUACCAGAAAGGCAAUCGCUCAUGGCCACUCUCAAGGACCCAAGUGCCGAGUACUUCUACAACGAGGUGUUGAACAUAUCAGACGGCCUACAUGAGAUGGGUGGGGUACAGUGGCAGCUGGCUCUUUAUCUCCUGCUGUGCUGGGUCAUCGUGUUCCUAUGUCUUGUCAGGGGAAUCUACUCUGCAGGCAAGGUAGCCUACUUUGUGGUAAUCAUCCCCAUCGUCAUUCUGGUCAUCCUGCUAAUCUGCUCGAUGCUGGUGGACGGCCACCUAGAGGGAAUACGUUUCUAUGUGACCCCCAAGUGGGAUCACUUUUUGUCAUUCCGCGUAUGGAGUGAUGCUGCUUCACAGGUGUUCUUUUCCCUGUCUGCGUGUAGUGGGGGGCUGACCACACUUUCCAGUUAUAACAAGUUCCAUAAUAAUAUUUAUAGGGAUGCAAUAAUCAUCUGUGUAAUAGACACGCUGAUGAGCAUUCUGGCUGGGUUUACAGUAUUUGCCUCCCUUGGCAUUCUGGCUCAUCAGCUGGAUACAUCUAUAGAAAAUGUUGUGACAUCAAAUAUAGGCUUGGUGUUUGUAGCAUUCCCGGCAGCAGUGACCAACUUCCAGCCAUCAGCCAUGUGGUCAGCUUUCUUCUUCUUGAUGAUCAUCAUGAUGGGCAUGAGCUCGCUGCUUGUCAUGACGGAAAUCAUCGUCACAGUGAUGAUGGACGAAAAGGUGGAGGUGUUCCGCAAGUCGCGGAUUCUUGUCCUCCUUGUGGUGUGCUCCUUGUUGUACCUUCUUGGUCUUCCACUUACAACUAGGGGUGGCCAGUACCUACUCCAACUGCUAGAUGAGUUCUGUGGGGGUACCCCCAGUGUGGUUGUAGGUCUCUUCAUGUGUCUUGGGCUUGCCUGGGUUUAUAGGGUGCGACAUUUCUGCAAGGACAUCCAGCUGAUGAUUGGUCACCCCGUCUCCUGGUGGUGGCGGGCAAUGUGGUGUAUCGUCUCGCCACUCAUUAUGAUGUUUAUCUUGGUGUCGACCAUCGUCUCGGGGGUCGACCUGGAGGAUGAAGUAUACCCUGCCUGGGCCGAGGGACUCGGGAUUGUUCUCGUUACAUCUACAGUCAUUACCAUUCCUAUUUACGCAAUCAAGAAAGUCUCCAGUCUAGAGGGAUCUAUCAUGCAGCGUAUCCGUGAGUCAUGCCUGUCAGCCGAGAACUGGGGCCCUGCACUUGUCAAACACUGGAAACAUGUGGAGUACUACCCUGCCGUCAACACUCAUACGUUGUCUUUAGACAUAGAACACAGCCCAGUACAUGCCAUAACAGAUCGUGUUGACUUCUCCACAAACGAUGUACGUGCUCCAAAGCUUUCUGAGGCUAGUCUACUGUCUCUGACGCGGCAGAUGUCACCAAGGAAACCACAACAGCUUCGACAGCGAGCAAUACUCAACCACGCAUACAGCAACCCACAGUGCCACAUAUCAAAUGGUUCCCUGGACCAGGUCAAGCCCCACCAGCAGGAGGUCCCACUCCCACAGACUCAUGGGUAUACUCUCAUCGUGUCCCCCAGGCGAUCCACUGUGGUUCCAGGGGUUGAUGUCGCCACACAGACAGAUGCACGCAGCUUUACACUUGCUCUCAAACAUGGGAGUGUACGCAGUCUGAAAGAGAUGAAGAUUGAGACAGGGCCAGAAGUUGAAGGGCGUGGCAAACACCCAAGCAGUGUGUUACAUGUAGAGGUCACCAGGUUUUGACCUUCAACUUUCACACCACCAACAGUUGGUGCGAUUGUUCUAACAAGCGCGGGCGGUUGGCAGGAGUAUACAUUGAAGUUGAUAGAUGCAGCAAACUCCUCACCCGUGUAUUACAUGUUAAGGUUCUGAAUUUGACCAUUGGAACGGUGAACACUUUCUUGGUUGUUCUGUUGGUUAAUAACUUCAGGCAGUAUUAACAAGAGAAUACAGUGUUUCAGUGUAACCAUGUAAAUCAUGGAAACCUUAUGCAAGAACAAGCAUGAUGCUUGUGAUGGUUUAAAGAAGUAGCGUUGUCUUCAUAUUUUCAACUGAACAGUGUAUUAGGUCAAUACAAGGCUGCCCAUAAUAGCCAAUUCAAGCAAGGAAAUCACAGAUGAGAAAAUUUGCAUUUGCAACACCUUCACAGCGGACUUGUAUGAAAAUGAUGGGUGACUCAAGAUUAAGUACAGAGCAGUGUCAAAAAAAAUUCACAAUUUUAAAAAUUGGACCAAGGGCUAGUGAUGGACUAUAGGAGAGGGGUGUUUAGAUUUAGGUCGGAAUUUGUUUCCACCGGUGGUGUUCAUUCCAGUUAUUUAGUUAGUCUCUGUCUGUACUGCAUUGCUGACCUUCUAUGAUAUUCGAAGCAUAUUUCAUUGGAAAUUUUCAAUGUUGCAAUUAAACUAUUGUAAUAUUAUUGUCUUAAUAUAUGCCAAAAAAGGGGUAUUAUUGAUGGUUACUUUGCAACUGAGAAAAACUUAUGCUAAAAUGCAAAGAAUGUAUGACUAUUUAUCGUAGUAUAACUUUAUUUAUAUAACCGUUCAAUGAGCAAGUUUCUUUUGUUUCACUACGAGGUAUCUUUUUGUCAUAUUAUCAAGUUGAUCUCAUUUUAGUAGUUCGUUUUUUGCUUGAGCAUUUUUCAAACAAAUAUACUUUAAUAUGUGCAAUAUUUAAGCAAAUUCCUAUGAUCUGGUAUCAUAUGAUCUACGUAUUAUUAAAUCAUUGAAUUAUUUGAUUGUAACUACAGUCGAAACUCGUUGGCUCGAUAUCUCAUGGCUCGAUAUCCUCGUUGGCUCGAACCAGAUUAAAAGGACCGAUUUUUUUUUACUCUUUGUUCAUAUAAAAUUCGAUCGGAUGGCUCAAUAUCAUGAGGGUCGAUAUUUCUCCACGCUCGAAAUUGUUUUCGCGUACCCAAACAAGAAUUUCACACUUUGUUUUGUUUGCUUGGGACGAUGUCAUUUUCGCGGGUUCAGUUAAGAAUCUCUCACCUUGAUUUGUUUGCUUGGCUUCAUUUAGCACAAGGCGCUAAUCGAUUAAAAUUGCUUGACUGGUAGUAUAAUUUUUAUCAAAUAGUUGAACAGUUUGAAUAAACAUGCCAUCACUUAAAGUUCUGUCUCUAAUUGUUAUCCAUCUAUAAAUUUCUAUGCAUUUUGAUAUAACUUAUAAGCUAUGUUUGUGUUACCCACUGUUUACAAUUGCUUGUUUGUUGUUUUCGCAUAAAUGUAUUUUUUAUAAUAAAUAAAAAAAAUCAGAUGAUAUUUUCUAAAGUAUCGAAUAAGUCAUGUUACGAACUUGACGAUGCUUAACUAUGUCCAAUAAUAAAUACUCUUCUUUUCUCUUGCGGAGAUAGCAUAGCCAAUUACAAACGAGGUAAAUAAGACUUUUUGUAACAAAUAAAAAAAUAACAUUCUGUAAGCAAUCCCGCUUGGCUCGAUAUUCUCAAAGCUCGAAGUAUUUUGGCCGGUCCUUAGAAUAUCGAGCCAUCAAGUUUCGACUGUACAUGUAUGUUAAUGAACAUAUGUAUGUUGAAUAUCAAUCAAUUAAUUUGUACGUAGUCAGCACAAUCAAAUCAUUGUGAUUUUUGCACCAUAUCAGAUAUUUGCUAUGCAUAAUUUGUAUAUAUAAUAUAGAUGUAAGUAUUUUUCAGAAUUCAUUUGUUAAUACCACUUCAUUCCCAACAUACUGUGAUCCUGUUGAAUAAUAAACGUUUAUAGUUGACAUGGAA